AUGCGAUUCUUUAAUGUUCUUGCCGUUUUUACGGCUGCAGCAUCGGCUGUAACCCUUGAGGCUCGUGAAGAAGCAGAAUUAGCCGCCCAGGGAUGCGGGAACGGGGAGGUGCCCGAUGAGUUUCUUCAACUAGUUGAGGAGCUGAGUGCCAAGAAGUCUCACUCCGUUCGUAGUGCGAAGAAGAAGAAGAAGUGUUCUAGUCGCCCUCGCCCUACUACGAGUGGUCUGAGUGUUUCAAGUGCUUCUGGUACUCCAAGUGCUUCUGGCACUCCAGGUGCUUCUGGCACUCCAGGUGCUUCUAGUGCUUCUAGUGCUUCUGACGUUUCUAGUGCGUCUGACGUUUCUAGUGCUUCUGAUAUUUUUAGCACUCCAAGUGCUUCUGAUGUUUUUAGCACUCCAAGUGCUUCUGAUGUUUUUAGCACUCCAAGUGCUUCUGAUGCUUCUAGUACUCCAAGUGCUUCGAGUGUUCCAAGUGCAUCUAACACUCCAAGUGCCUCAAGUGCUUCCAGUGCUGCAAGUGCCUCAAGUGCUUCAAGCGCUUCUACUGCUUCUAGUGCUUCUAGUACUCCAAGUGCUACUACCCGGGAGAUUAACGUUUACAUCCAUGUGAUAUCCCCCAACGCCACUGACGACUAUGUCACAGACGGCGGAAUCGAGAGACAGUUCAACAUGCUCAGGGACGAGUUCGCCCAGCACGACUUCACCCUGAAGCUCGGCGGAACCGAGCGAAUCAGGAACGAGACCUGGUCCAUGGCCGUCGACAGGAACGUGUUCAAGAAGAAGCUCCGCAAGGGAAAAUACUCGGAUCUCAACGUGUGGAUCCUGAAGGGCCUCAACUCCACGGGCGUGGUUGGCUUCGGCACUCUGCCAAACAAGAACCACGCCGAGACCUCGAACGCCUUUAUAACCGACGGCAUCGAGAUCCAGAGGAGCACCAUCCCAAACAAGGACGACGGCGACAAGUCCAAGGGCAAGGUCGGCGUCCAUGAGAUGGGUCACUGGCUUGGUCUCCUGCACGUCUUCCAGGGCGGCUGCACCGGCAACGGCGACUACGUGGCCGAUACUCCAGCCCAGAACGGAACUGCCAUGCUCAGCUGCAAGACUCGUUACAGUUGCCCUGGUGUCGGGCCUGACCUGACCAAUAAUCAUAUGAACUACAGUCCGGCUCAAUGCAGGACGUCGUUUACCCCAGGCCAGGUCCAGCGAAUGCAAACCAUGUGGGAGAACAUUCGGACCAAGUAA